CGCCAUCUUCUGGGAAAUUCAGAUGAUUGUGCGUGUGUGUUGAGCGUGUGUUUACAUUGUCAAUAUGCAAUUUUAUACUGAAUAUAAAUAAUUUAUUAAAUUAUACAGAGUAAAUUUGUAUUUUAAGUCUAUCGAAUUCGGAGUUUCUUGAUAAAAAAGAUUUACAAGUGAAAGAUAAAUGUAUUUUGAAGACUACUUUAUAUUGAUUGAUAGAUGAAUUUAAGUAAGGUUAGAAAAACCGGCGCGUAAAUAUUUUGAUGUUAAUAAUAAAAUAGUAUUUAUUAAUAAAAACUCAUCAAGUGUUUUCUAAAAAUUUCUUAAGUUUAAAUAAAUUCGAGUAAUUCAUAUUUAUUGUUAAAUAAUGGAUCGUCAGAGCAUUGGAAGUCUGCUUGGUCGCAGCAUAUCCUCACCAAGAGGUCCUAGAGGAAUGUCCAUAGCACAAUCAUUAAAGCGUCAAAAUAGCGCCGUCAGUGUGUCUGGUAGAUCAAAUCAAUCAGUUCAAGUAAUUUAUCGAUCUUCAGCUCACGUAGUCGAGAGUUUUGGUUCUUCUCUUCCAGUUCUAGUAACUGAAGCUCUCACAUUUGUUGACAGAAGUGCGGAAGUAAGUGUUAGUAUUUCCCAUAAUGGUUGGGCCUGGUUAGUUUGUGGCAGAAGAUUAUUAGUUUGGCAAUGUAAAACCACAAUUCACGAUCCAAAACAACGUCAUGCUUUUAAAAGUCAAUGCAGAGAACUUUUAUUACCUCAAAGUGACCUGGCACAUAAAGCUGAUUGCAUUGUGGUUUGGGUUCCUCCAGGCCACCAAGUACCUAGUUGUAUGGCAGUGUCUCCAGAAGGUAUAGUGCGCUAUUGGCCAAGUGUAGCUCACGAAGAAACAUCUGUUGAAACUAGUGCAGAACUGGCAGGCCAAGAAGUCGAUUGUUUAACUCAUAUUCCAGGUCAUGGAUGUAUUUUAGCAACAACUACUUGCACUGUUGCUCUACUUCAACCUCAGUUUAAUAGUGGGAGAAAUAGUAUAUCAUGUAGAGUAUUAAGAACUAGCCAAGGAUGGCUUGGAGGCAUUGGAAGGCGAAUGUCUUCAUUGAUAUUUGGUGCAAUGCCACAAUCUCCAGUCACAGAAACUAAACUAGCAAAAGUCACUUGUACUAGCUUUGGAGAUCGAGGUUCCAGAGUUUUAAUUCUUGCCGGAUCUUCUCUUCAAUACUGGUCCUUUCCUCUAAACGAACAAGAAAAAAUGGAAUUUGAUGAAGACGUUGGUCAUGUAGUUUCUCAAGCAUUCCAAAGAAAAAUCUGGGAAUCAAAUAUUGCAAAUCCUCAAAACAUGGAAACUUGGUUAAUCGACAUGCAAACAUCUGAUGAUGGAAUAAUUCUUUUAGUAGCUGCCCACUGUGCUGAUAUAUCACCUCAGAUCCAAUUCGCUCUUGGAUUACUUCCAUUAACUGGCACGUCUCUAACUAAUUCUUUCAAGUGGUUUAUUCCCAUUAAAAUCGGACCAUUCCUACACCAAGAUGAUGUAGAUACUGUGAUAUCUUCUUUUAGGUUCAUUCUUUCUGGAUGGGAAGCAAUCAUUUAUAACUUUUCGACUGUUUUAACUGUUAAUAUUACUAAUGAACUGGAGCAAGACAAGAUAGACUUGGUUCGAGGUGGAGAAGAUAGAAUUCUCGGUGGAGAUUUGUGCUCCAAUACUCCUGUAUUAUUUACUAGAAAUCUCGGACUAGUUACAAUUAUUCCAACUAAUGACUUUACAUCUCCAGAUUUUAAUUCCAGUUAUGCAGAAGUCAAUAGUACUAUGGAAGUUAUUCCUAAUGAUAAUUUUUCUGAUAAUUUAACCAUGACGAUUUCAAAUGAUCGCAUUAGAGAGAUGUAUUACUCUGCUGAUGGUAUUGAACAACUGAAAGCUGCAUUUUUACUCAGCUUAAAAGAUAAUAGAUAUACACAUUCUAAAACAGAGUGUGAACAAAUUUUAGCUGAGUUAUUUCCUUUAGAAGACGAACCAGUUAUGGAUAUUGAUGCUAUAUUGGAUACUCUAGUUUUAAAAGUCGCUCAAAAGCUAAUUGAUGAUUAUCCGCCUAAUGAUCCACGAUGGGCCAAUUGUAUGGACACUUCACUGACACUUACAACUGUUAGAUCAAUGCAAAUUCCUCAUCAACUUGAAGGAAAACAACAGGCUUUAAAUUAUUAUGUCAAUUUUUUAAAAGAACAUAAUCUUUGGAGCAGAUUUUCUGCGGUAACUUAUCGAGGAAUAAUCAUGGCGACUUCUCAUGUGCUUGGAGAAUAUGCAGAAAAGAUUGUAGCUGCGAUUGCUAUUUAUAACCUUCAAAAUCGAUACCCUGAUAUUUUGGAUCCGAUAAUUGAAGCCACUUUAACUCCAGAGUCUUUUGUGUCGAAUGAAUUAACAGCGAAAGAUAUUUUCUAUCGUGAAGUUAGCUCUAUUCAUCUACUUCUUCCUAAUUUAGUUAAUAGUGCAGUCGAAGUGACACAAUCGGAUAAACCUAUCCAUCUUAUAUCUCAAUACCUACUUCAAAUUAAUUCUAUUAUGCUUGGAAUUUUAGAUGAAGUAAUUAAGUAUCGCCAAGCAAAUGCUAAACGCUAUGUUCCUGCUAGAAAUUCCAAUGCUUUAACAGAGUAUCUUCCAUGGACAGCUGCUACUGGUAAAAAUGAACUGAGAACAUGUCUUCAUACUUUGUAUAAUUUAACUUUAAAGCAUGGAGUUACUGGAACCAAUGAUUCCUCUUUGAUAACAGAACUUUAUAAUCAAAUCGUUGGUCUCAUUGAUUUGAUCCUAGAUGGUAGAAAGUGCCAUUUAGAAAGCAUUCGUGGAUCAGAUAAAUUUGAAGUUCUCUUGAAACAGUAUGAAAAUGAAAGAACGAAUUUAAUUCAACCUUUAAUAAAAAAUGAACAGUAUGAGAAUGCUGCUAAGCUUGCUGAAAAAUAUUGCGAUUUUGCAUCAUUGGUAAACAUUUGUGAACUUACUAAUAAUAAAAAUAGACUUGAUGUUUACUCAGAAAAAUUUGCUUCUCAUGAUUUUGCGGGAUUUUUAUUUAAUUGGUAUCUAAAAGAUGGAAGACAAGGACAGUUGGUUGAAAGAUGUCGAAGAGGUGGUGGAGAUUUAAUGGAAAAAGUAUCAGAGCAUCCAGAAAUUUCUUGGGUUCAAGCUUCUUUAACAGACGAAUUUAGAUUAGCUGCGAAUACUCUUCAUUCUCUGGCUCUAAAAGAAGUAGAAUUGGUGAAGAGAAAAAAAACAAUGUUAAGCUUAAGUAAACUGGCAUUACUUUGUUCUAACGAUGAUCCGUAUGAUAUUGAAGAUAAUUGUGAAGGAAUUAAUAAGGAAUUGGAAUUAAUAGCGUAUCAAGAAGAAAUCCCUGAUGCUGUACUGGAAAAUUAUGGAUACAACGUCAAUAAAUUGAGAGUUUUGACUCCAACGGAAUUAAUUAAUUUAUAUACAUGUGAUGAAAAUACACUUGUUAACGAAUUUGAUUUCAAAAAAGCUUUGGAUUUGUUGGAUUAUAUUGAAGAUGAAAAUGAAAAAGAGGCAUUAAGACUGAGAACAUGGGCAAGAUUAGCAAGACAUGAUAAAUGGGAUACUGUUUCUAAAAAUCCAGAGCAACAAAUUGAAGAAACUUUAUUCUUCAAAUUAAUUUCGCUAAUUCAUGUGAUGGGUGAUUUAAACGGUGGUUUGUUUCCACCAAUUGAUUCAUUACUAAUGGAACCGACUCUUGGCAGUUUAGCGGAUUCAAGUAACUUCCAAUUUCUCAUUAAAUUAACCUACGAAUAUGCCUCACAAAGAUUUUUACCAUCUUCAAAAUGAACUAUGUUAAUUAAAAUAUAUGUUUAAAAAAAUUUAUACUUUAAUAAUGAUUGAUUAAAAA